AUGAUUGUGGAUGAUCGAAUGGCAAUUUGUGGAAGUGCAAAUAUCAAUGAUCGUUCUCUAUUGGGUGAACGUGAUAGUGAACUUUGUGUAGUGAUCAAUGAUAUUGAAGAGGAACAAUGUCUGUUUAAUGGUCGAUCGGUUCGCGUUGGAAAAUUUUGUUCUAGCUGGCGUCGAAGACUCUUUUCAAUGAUGCUUGGAACAAUGGGACAUAACGAAAAUAAAAUCGAUGUAACCGAUCCCGUUUCUGAUCAAUUUUAUAAUUAUUUUCGAGAGGUUGCGCAUAAAAAUACCUUAAUCUACGAAGAAACUUUUGGGGUAUUACCUACUAAUUGUGUUCGACGUUUUGAUCAGAUGUACAAUUAUACUGACAAGCCCAAACUCAAAGAUACUCAUCCAAAUCAAGCUCACGAGAAAUUGAAAAAUAUUCAAGGUCUAGUUGUUGAAUAUCCAAUUUAUUUUCUGAAUGAAGAAAAUUAUCUGCCCAGUCUUCGAACUCGUGAAGGUAUCUCAUAUUGA